GGAGCAGCUGCACAGAUGCAACCGGAAAGGUUUAUUUUCGCAAAGUGAAAAAAUUGUGUAUACGAUAUUGCAUCACAAUCAACUCAUUUUUUACGAAUUCAAGUGAAUGAAAAAUUAUGCAUAACUUUGACAAUGUAAAAUAUAAAAUCGAUUAAAUAUUUUUUAUCAACAAAUAAAUACAAAAUUUAUAUAAAAAUCUUGCUUGAAGCAAAAACAGAGUUCAGUUGAAAUUUUGCAGGAGCAAUGCACAGAAGUGCCGGCUUUAAGCUACAGAAAAGUGCACAGAAGUCUAAAUACAUGCAUACACGCAUACAUAUGUACGUGAAAUUGUAAGAAAUAUAAAAGGACAUUUUAGCUUCCAAACAUUUCAAAUUGCCUGAUUAAUAUGUUGGUGAUUAUUUUAUUUGCUUGCUUGGCACUCGGAGGAGCAGCUCAAUUAGAAGAAAAUGAUGCAUGUGAAACGACACACUAUAAGGGAAAUUGUGCUGUCGGCCGAAAUUGUCCGCAGCUAUCCGCUUCCAUGAACGCAAUGGGUUUUACCAGUAACGAUGUCGGCCAUUGUGGUUUUAAUAUACUCGAGGAGAUUAUUUGUUGCCCGAACAGUACCACCACAGUAAAGCAGUCGGAUAUUACCACCACAGCACCACUGCCAGGCAACAUGACGUCACGUACACGCAAUUUCGAUCGCCCAGCUGAUCGUGCAUGCAGCAAAAUUGAAAUGGGUCUGAUGCCAAGCAUAAUAAAUCAUAUACUUGGCGGCGAGGCUGUGGCCUUCGCAGAAUAUCCGCAUAUGGCUAAAAUUGUUUAUGACAUCGAAGGUAUGCUUUGUGGUGGUACGUUGAUCGAUAAACGUUUCGUUCUUACUGCGGCGCAUUGCAUAAUAACGAGGGGCAUGAAGCCUAUAAAAGUUAUUUUGGGUGUUACUGACUUCAAUGAUACAGAUCAAUGGCAAGGUCGGCUGGAGAUAGAUAUCAAAGCAACCUACGCGCCACAGAACUAUUCGGAUUUUUCUCAUUACUUCGACAUUGGAUUAAUUGAAUUGGCCAGAGAUGCCGAUUUUAGUGUAAAGGUCUAUCCAACAUGCCUGCAUACUGAUCCAACUGAUUUGCCCGAAAACACGGAAAUAAUUGUGACUGGUUGGGGACUCACCGAAAGUAACAGUCCAUCAAAACACUUAAUGGCGGCCAAGAUGAACAUUAUCCCGCUGCCAGAAUGCAAUGCAGAAUUCAAAAAUUACACUGAUCGUCGCUUAAGUCAUGGGAUUGAUGAGACACAGCUGUGUGCUCUGGCCCCAGGGAAAGAUGCCUGUUGGGGCGACUCUGGUGGGCCACUGCAGAUAAUUAAAGAUAAAGCCUACAGUAACUACAGAGUGGUGGGUGUAGUUUCAUUUGGCUUAGAUUGUGGAAAAAAUAUACCCGGUGUUUAUGUACGAGUGUCAGAAUUUUUGGAUUUUAUUGAAAGCAUUGUGUGGCCUGAAGGAUGAUGGACGAUAAACGAGCUGACCUGAUUAAUACAAAAUAUGCUCCCUAAAAUAAUAGUCUAAUUUAGAUAUACGAGUAUUUAUAAAUAACGCCUACUUAGAUCAGUUGAAUUAAAUUAGAAAUAUAAUUUAAUUAGAAAUUAUAAUGUUUUUCUCUUAAGCGCUUGCCGUCAGUGCGAAGUUGUGACUGCUGGCGAAAAUCGCAAAAUUUGUUAUUUUGUAUAGAAUCGAAUUUGUUAGCAUUGAAAAUGAAAUGUAUUAAAUAUUAAAAUUCUGUUACCACAAGGUGAAGUCCAAAAUA